CCCGUGCAAGUCGAGCGGAAGAGUACUAGACGCCUGUACUAUGUAGGCGCGUACAGACCGUUACUAACGGUUAUGGGAAAUGCCGCCGGUAGCUGUCAAAUUUACGAAAACAUUAUUAUUUGAAAUCUUCCAUCCAGCUUUUUCGCCUUACCAAUAUCUUGUGCCGUCUACAUGCCGCACAAACGUGCCAAACGAGCUGUUCGUGAACAAGAGAGAUCCCUGAAAGGUCAUAAUCUGCCGCCAAAGCACCUUGGAAAUGAGGAGACGGUGCCAAAGUCUGUAGCUCGCAUUCUUAAUGCCGAAAAAAUCCGUCUGGAAUUCAGGGAGAAGAAGCGGAAGAUCGAUGAGCCCAACGGCGAUGAGAGCCCUCAGCUGAAACGAAGACGGCCGUCCAGUGAUGUAAACAGUCGGAAAGGGGAGAUGCUAAAGAUUCAGCCAGGAGAAACUAUAGCUCAUUUUAACAAGCGAGUCGAGAGUAGCAUGAUGCCGCUCAUUAGAACAGCUAUGCAGCAGUCAUCGGCCCAGGUCCGGAGAGUCCAGAAGCGUGAAAUUGAGCAGGGAGCCACCAAGCCUGCUGCACAGGUCAAGACGAUGAUUAAUGACAGUACCCGUGCAGACGUUUCAAAUCCAUCGCUGCCCCCUUCGACCAACACACCCCUCAGCCGCACGGACCCUUUAAAUCUAUCACCGCUCGCAUUGACCAGCACACUCCAGCGGCAGCAUCGUGAUAAACCUAAAGAGUUUCGUGUAUCUUCAACCUCAGCACCGCGCCGCCUCAACGAUAUUGCACAAGAACCGCCACGAUUUGACAAACUGCCUCGGGGUGCCCGAUCAGGCAAAGACUCUUCGAAAGAGAAGGUCACGGGGAUACUGAGCAUGGCACAAAAGGCAAUGAUGGAAGAAGAGAGAGAAAAUGUCAUCAAACGUUACCGGGAACUUAAAGCUAAGAAGUUGCGUAGUGAUUGUAGCGGCGCAAUGGGCGAGUAAGCUGAGUCGAUCGCAGUUCUCAUCGACUACGUUUCCGAUCUGGCGCAGUACUUUUGCCUGUCGUCACUGUCCUGUUGAGUGUCCCGUGGCGUUGGUUUGAUCUCUACGUUGACGUUGACGCUUACUCUGCAGUGCGUUUCUCCGAGGAAUGCUCGAUCCCGUUCCCGUUCCCGUUCGCAUUCUGACAUACUAAAGAGAUAAUUCACGUU